GCUAGGUAACCAAAAUAAGUAGAACUCUCCUGUGAAUGAGUUAAUAGUAAUCAGUAGUUUCACUAUAAACAUGGCGUCAUUCUUAAAACUGCAGAGCUCUCUUUAUUUGUUACGUCUUACUGGUCAGUCAUGGUUGCCAAGAUAUUCUUCCAGCUUUACGGCGGCACAGGCCAUUGUUCAGAAAUCCAAAAAUCCUCAACCAAAGCCCGCUUCAAAUGAGCUGGUCUUUGGCAGGUUUUUCACUGACCACAUGCUUGAAAUUGAAUGGUCGGCAGAAGGCGGUUGGGGAAAACCCCAAAUCUCACCAUUUCACAACCUCCUAAUUCAUCCCGCAGCUAAGGCACUACACUAUGCUGUUGAGCUUUUUGAAGGAAUGAAGGCUUACCGCGGACCUGAUAAUAGAAUUCGUCUCUUCCGACCCAUGGAAAAUAUGAAUCGAAUGAACAACAGUGCUCAAAGGGUUUCUCUUCCUACAUUUGAUGGCAGAGAGUUAGUAGAAUGUAUUAAAAAAUUGGUUUCUCUUGAUGCUGACUGGGUUCCUGCAACUCCUGGUGAUACUUUAUAUAUUCGACCUACAUUAGUUGGCACCGAGCCAACUUUAGGUGUGAGCCCACCCAACAGAGCCUUAUUAUUUGUCAUUGCUUCUCCUGUUGGACCCUAUUUUCCUACAGGUAUAAAACCAGUUACCUUAAUGGCUGACCCCAGAUAUGUUCGAUCAUGGCCAGGAGGUCCUGGAGAAUAUAAAAUGGGAUCGAACUAUGCUCCCACGUUAUUGCCGCAAGUUGAAGCUCUUCAGAAGAGUUGCCAACAAGUUCUCUGGUUGUUUGGAGAGGAUCACCAAUUGACAGAAGUUGGCACCAUGAAUCUUUUCAUCUAUUGGAUUAACGAAGACGGAGAGAAAGAACUAAUCACACCUCCUCUCAAUGGACUCAUCUUACCUGGAGUCACCCGGAGAAGUCUUUUGGAAUUGGCCCGCGAUUGGAAUGAAUUCAAAGUAUCUGAGAAGGAGAUCAACAUGAAAGAGUUUUUGACAGCACUGAACGAAAAAAGGAUAGUAGAAGUUUUUGGUGCUGGAACUGCUUGUGUUGUCUGUCCAGUUGAAAGAAUACUGUAUAACGAAGAAAAAUUUGCAUUACCAACAAUGGACAAUGGUGCUAAGCUAGUAAACCGUUUUCUGUCAACUCUCAUGGAUAUCCAGUUUGGCAGAGUGGAACAUAAAUGGUCUGAAAUUAUUGAGUAACAAUGAUGUCUACAUUGAAAGCACUUUCAUUGUUAUGGUAGAUAUUUUCCAACUAGCCGAUUCUCAAUCUGCAGUCAUCGUUUACUUCAAUGAAGUGUCCCUUGGUUUAAAUGGAUUGGUUUUUAAUUAUUGUUUUUUUUUUUAUUAAUUUCCUAGUUCUGUCAUAGAAAAAACAACAUUGCCACUGGCCUGGGCACAAUUUUACUGUUACCAACUAAAUUAAACGCACGCAUACACACCUAUCUAUUUUUAAAUGAAAACACCUUUUUAAUUAUAUUACGUGAGUCUUAAGAGACACGUCCAAUUAGAUUAAUUACACAUUUUUUUCACCCCUAGUACAUGUAAUUCAUUUAUUAACAUGUUACAAAACUUAUUUGACAAUUGUGAUUGAUUACAUAUAAGUUUUGUUUGAUCACAUUCAAAACUCUGAGUAAAAGCACUGAACUCACAGAACUGCACAAAAGACUGCUGUUAGCUAAUUAUGGUUUCAAUAUUUCCAAAUUAUGUUAUGCACUCAUUUUUUAUGGGUUUUUUUUUUUAGUUCCUAAUUAUAGUUUUGUCACAGAAAUUCAAAAUAUUACCACCAAGAUCUUACUUUUCUGCAUUGAUGAUGAUGAAAUUUAGUUUAAUUGUAUCCCUGGUAACACUUGACAGAGAUAUGCAAUGCCAUAUUGUGGGAUAUUAGAUACAAUAUCAUCUACAACAAUGUAAGCUAUUGUUUAGUAUUCCUUCUUUCUGUGUGUAUAAAGACAUGAAGCAACAGCAUAUUAUAUGCCUACAGAUAUUAAGCAAAAUGCAAAAGAAUUUUGUGCAGUUUCUAUACUUAUCAUGAAAGAGCACGUCAACACAUUGAUCAUUUGCUUACGCAAUUAAUAAUAUGUGACAUUAUGGUAAAGGAGUUGCUCUUUGCUUGAUUAAUUACAUAUAAUUUAAUAUUCAAAUUAAGUAACGAUGAUCAGUAAUUUCACAUCCAUUGAUUUUUUUUCCUCCGCUUUUUAAAACUUAUUCACCUGAAAUGUUAUCGACUUGUUUUUUACGUAUAUAUUGACUAACUUAACUAAUUUUUACCUCACAUAAGUGAACUUAUUGUCUUCAUUUUAUUUAUUCUCUUUUCCUAUCAAAAAUUUUGUCCACGUAAUCCAAAUUCCAGUAGAACAAACAUCCAAGGAGUAAAAGACUUCCCCAAGCCAUUUUAUGUCUUCUAUAUGUAAAGGUACCGUUAGUUUUUGUCUUCCAACGUUGCUUUGUUUAAUAAUAGAAAUAACUAUCAUGUUAUUUCUAAAUGUACCACUGAACCAAAGUGGUACAAACUUGUUCCACAUGAGUAUUCAAAGAUAGGUGAGAACAACACCACAUGUGUCCUUUUGUUCAUUUAUGCAAAGAAAAGAAAAAUCAUGAAACAGUGCAUUUUUUUUUUUAGCCCCGUCCCCUACCGCCACUUACCUCCAUAUUCCAAUCUGUAUCACAUAUCAAAUAUUGAUCUCUUUUGAACCAUAAGUUAGUGGUUAUCGUUGGUAUUUCAGAAAUUAGGGUUAGGUUUAAAAACUUAUAUUAUGUGUUUCCAAAACAUUAUUGAAGAAUAGCUUGGUUUUGUUGUUUGUUUUUGUCAAAAUCCACCAAAAACAAAAAAAAAAAAAGAAGUCUCCUGAUAGGAUAUAAAUUUUUUUUCUGCUGAUAAAAAGGAAUCAGGAUCCUUUGAGAGUUCUUGAGGCCUUAUUUUAGAAGUAGUUUUUUUAAAAUAUUUUCUGAUAAGAUAAAGGUGGAGUGGUGUUGACAGUGAUCAAAAUAGCUUGGAAACAAAGCAUCGUGUGAUAUAUUUAUCAUGUUGAGUAAAAUGUUAGCAACGUUUUGAAACACGAAAUUCACCACAACAUAUUUCAACAAUGUGGAAAUUUCAUCCAUCAAAGCAAGUACAAUCAACACAUUCUUGCCAACAAGUUACAAGUUUGUUUAUUUUGGUGACGUAAAAAUCUGAAGUUCUGGAGAUGAUGAAAUGCAUUUUCAGCAUCGAUUUGAUUUUUUAACUCCUUCUCUCAAAGGAAACCAUCAAGGUGCUUGAAAAAGUGGUAGUCAGUAGGAGAAAGAUCUGGGGAAUAAGCUGGGUGGGGAAGAACUUCAUAGCCAAGUUCCUUCAACUUGAGCAUCAUUAGUGAAACAGGUGGUCGAGCAUUGUCAUGAAGAAUGAUUGGCCCUCUUCUGUUGACCAGAGGAGUAGCAGUUUUCCUUUCAUUUUGGCAGUGUUUCUGCAGUAACUUUUUCCAAGUUUUAUUGUGGAUGAAUGCAGCAGUACUCCACCAAACGGUCACUAUAACCUUCUUUUCGAAGAGCUCGGGUUUAGGGAAGAUUUUUGGUACUUCAUUUUAGUUCAACCACUGCGCAGAACGAUUUUUACUAUUGUACAGAAUCCACUUUUCACCGCAUGUUACAAUAUGGUUGACAAAUGGAUCGGUCUGGUUACAAAGAAGAAGCGACGAGCAAACUUCAUAUCUGUGCAUUUUGUGAUUUUCAUUCAAAUCAUGUGGUACUCAUUGUCGAAUUUUUCCGAUUUUCUGGCUAACUUGAAGUUCUUUUGCCAGUUCUUCUGUGCUUUUAUUGACCGUCAUCGAUGAUAGAUGGGCGUCCAUUAUGCUUACAAUCUUCAAGGCUCAGGUCUCCACUGUUAAAUCGUUUAAACCAUUUUUGGGCUGACUACUCACUGGUUCACCAUACGUUUCAUUGAUAUCACGAGCAAUUUCAGCUGCUUUACAUCCUAUUUUGAAGUUGAAUACCGAAAUUGCUCGAAUAUCGCACUUUGACAGUUUCAUUUCAGAUGAUUGUAACAAGGGUGAAAAAAAUAUCAAUGUUAAUUUAUUGAUGCCUUUGAGCAUGUCAAUGUCUGUAUUAACAGACACUUA